ACCUACUAGUUCUCCCGGAGUGAGAUAAGAAAUAUGAUAAAAAAAAAAAAUAAAAAAAAAGUACCAACUGUUAGCCUCUCAAAACUAUCUUAAUACGAAUUUUGUGUUUAUGAAUUUAUCGCACUGCACUGAAUUCAUACAAUUAUUUAUCCGUAAUUUAUCCGUAAACGAAAAUCAUGUAUUCGUCUUUUAUGACCGUUAAUUUCCGUUAUUCAACCGCCGUUUGCGUCAUUUUACGCCUUUACGGUGUACGUGUGGGACACUUUACUCUAUUUCCCGGAAUCAAGAAUAAGUUGUAGGACGUUGGUAGCCGCUGCAGGCUCCUCAAGUCUAUAGUUUCUUCACCACCAAGUUGCAAGUACUAUAGUCAAAUAAUGAUUGCACAUGCCUGUUCGAUGUUGAAAGAAAGUUCAACAAAGUUAAACCUUGAUUUACUUACGAUUUACCUGCGAUUUACCUGCCUUCAACUGCGACAACCAAAAACGGUUUUUUUUAAGACCAACCCUGAUUCAUCUGCCUUCAACAGCGACAACAAAAAGCGGUUUUUUUCAAGACCAACCCUGAUUCAUACUGCCUUCAACUGCGACAAUCAGAACCGGUUUUUUUUAAACUAACCUUUAAUUUAUAAAUAACUUUUGUUUGUUUAAUAUUCUUUUAAGUUUUUUUUUUAGCAACGCGUCCUGAAAUGGCGCUGAGAGAACAUGAUUAUGUCAUUGCAGGCAACCACGAUGAUGAAGAAUUUGGUGUUCCAGAUGUAGCAGUAAUUUUGCAAGAUCACGAUUAUAUCCAACAAAUGCCCUUUGUUGAGAUUGGGCCCCAAGAUGAAGAAGAAGAUGGUGAAGCAAAUGAAGAACAAGAACAUGUAAUACCUGGAGAACCACAAGAAGAGGAACAACCCGUAGAAGAAGAUGGAGAACCCCCCUUAGUAGAAGAAGAAGAUGUAGCUGUAGUUGCAGAUGUUAUAGUUGAAGGAGUACCGCCUGAAACAUACAGAACACUCCCUGGAAUUCGACGUAAUUCAACUAUCUAUGUAGACAAUUUGAAAUUCAAAUACUACAAACGUGAGCUUCUGGUCAACACCAUUUCACUAGUUUGUGAGAGGCAAAAAAACCGCAGACAUCCAAUGUGUUAUGGUACGGCAUCAGUAAGUAGAGAUAUUAUGGACAACAGAAUUUCACUCAUUAAUCCUCACAACCAUCGGGCCGACGAUAUAGACUUACAUGUACCAUACUUGAGAGAAGCAAUUGGUAAUAAGGGACUUGACCCAACCAAUACAACAGCAUCUGUAAGAACUAUUUACAACAAUGAAAUUAUCCAACAUGCGGAGGCCGCUUGUAAUUAUACUCAUCUACAAGCUGUUAGAAGAGUAGGUGCGAUGAGAAGUUUGCAACGACCAGCAAUACCACAAGACAUACAUGCACUUGCCAUAACAUUGAAUAAUCCACAAUAUCCCGCCUAUUCUCAAACAUUGCAAACGCCACCUUCAAGAUUUUUCCAGCAAGAGGUAGUCAUCAAUGGAAGAAGUGUAGGAGUUGUAUUUGCAAACAGGGUUGCAAUAGAACUGUACAGAGAAGAUUUAAACUCUGUGACUUUGGUUGGUAUUGAUGAAACAUUUAAAACUGUACCUAGUCACCCAACCGACUUAAAAUGUCUUUUGACAUUUCAAAUAGUAUACAAUAGUGUUGCAUUUCCAAUGGUGUAUGUACUUUUGGGGAGUAUGACUGAAGAGACAUACUGUGGUGUACUUAGAAUUAUCAGACAAAUGUUACCUUUAAAUUACGACAGAGUUCGGUUUGUGACCGAUUAUGAAAAAGCACUGAUGAAUGCAGUUGAACAAAUUUUUCCAACAAGCAGAUUAGUUUGUUGUUGGUUUCAUUUCACACAGAGUAUCGUGCGAUACUGCCAUAGAAAAUUGAACAAUGUACUAAAUUUAAUCCGAACGCAUGAAGAAGCAGCUAGAAUUCUUAGAAUGGUCUUAGCUCUUCCUCACUUGCCUGCCACAAGAAACAAUCCACUGUGUCCAAAUAUUUGUGUAUUAGAUGGAUACAAUGUCAUAGUACGGUAUGCCCAACAAUUUCCUGAAUUGCAAGUCAUUGUAGAUAGUUUUUUGGAGAAUUAUAUCCUUGGUUUUUGGAUUAACCAAAUUGGACCAAAAAAAUUUAGUGUCUUUGGAGAAGACCACCGUACAAACAAUAAUUUAGAAUCGUUCCAUUCAACUUUACUAAAGCAAAUGGGUACCCACCCUAACAUUUGGGAUUUCCUACAUUAGUUAAGUUAUAGAGGAUAAGUUAUUCAUGUAUUUGAAAUACAUCGGUAUUAUUAUAUUGAAAUCUGUUCUAUGUUUGUGCUGUAUUUAUAGAUUGAUCAACGUCAUGGGAAAAGUAAAGAUAAGUUAUUCAUGUAUUUGAAAUACAUCAUUAUUAUUAUUAUUUUCAUUUUUUGAAAACUACUUAUUUCACUAUCUAUAACUGAUUUUGUAUGCUUAUAUAAUACUUUAGAGGCUAGUUAUAAUUGAAAAUCAAUUUUUUGUAGAAUUUGGACAACGGCAAAGAAACUUACAAAUCAGAGAUAUGCGUUCGAGAGCAGGAAGAGAAAACACAACAAGAAUUAUCAGGGAAAAUGUUCAGCAACUCAAUAGAGAUCAUGACAUUUUGGCAUUCUUGAGGAGAACGGGCCACUUCAAUGAUGGUUAUGUUUUUGGUCAAAUUGGGCCAUAUCCUUGAAUUUUUUUUUUUUUUUUUUUGUAAUAAAAUAACAAGUCCACUACGGACAAAUAAUAGAGAGUAGAGACACAGUGUAUUUAAUCAACAAGCUUAUAUUGUUAAAUUAAUAAAAAAAAUAUAAUAUAAA